UGAUUGAUUAUAUCUUCAGAAAUAAUUCUAGGUGAUCAGAUUCUUCUAUCUCAAGAGUGAAAAUGCCUCCAGCCAGAGGCGCUGACGAAUCGUGGGGUAUCAUGAACGACCUACCCUCAGACUAUGUGCGCAUGCAUUACCAUAGCAUCUCCAACUUGAGAAUGGUCGUCAACAACGUGCGUGAUAUCCUGGAGAGAGAUGGAAGUGGAAAUCAAUACAUCCUCAUUCUUGGACUGCCGGAAAGAAUGCGCAAGCGGCUUCUGGACGAAGAUAAUCUCAUCGGUGUCAGUGUUCGACUGGAGUUGGAUGGUACUUCUGCCGUUGUCAAGAUUCCUACAGCUGAGCAUGAAGCAUGCACAACUGAGCUCAUGUACGAAAUUCGAGCGAUUUGCUCCAACAUGGGCAUUCCCCCCUUCGAUGUCAUGAUGGGAGGAGCCACGACCCACAAGAUGCCGGGUGGACAGCGUGCAAAGCAGCCAGAUCAAUGUUUGUGGCCUGCCGACCGACAGCCCCUUGCAGGUAGACCCCAUGGUUGGCCGACUGUGGCGAUUGAGACCGGGGUCGCCGAGUCUCUUGCGCGCCUCCAGCAAGAUGCUCGCUGGUGGUUUGAGAAUUCUCUGGGAGCAACCCGCAUUGUCUUGGUCAUGAGUAUCAACCGAACCGGUCACAGAAUCAUCAUCCAAAAAUGGCAACUAGCACCUCCUAGCACUCCAUCACCGCUCACAAGAUUGAGGAUUGACCAAAUACGUACGCGGCCGCCUCCAAGGGUCCAGCAGGCAGCCAACCUCCAGCAGCCCUAUGUAGCCCAAGAAAUCGAGAUCAGUCCUACGGGGGUUUUGGGCGCCCCGCUUGUUUUGGAUUUCCGUGCGGUGCUGGACCGUCUGCCGAGUGGAGAGGAAGCUGAUAUUGUGAUCCCGGAGGAUGUCUUGGUGCGGUGUACCCGUUCGGUUUGACUCCAGAGAGAAUGAGGGCGGG